UUGCUCAGUCGAUUGACAAACGCAUUCGGGUUCAGUUCUAGUUCAGAAUAGAGUCUACAAGUCUUGACGUAUUUGUAAAUGGACACAUAGCCAACAUUUUGUUUGCACAACUGAAAUACUUUCAUUUGGUUCCCGGUAGAAAGGGAAAUUUCAAGUGACCUAAAAAAGUUUUAAGAUUAAUUUGCAAAAAUGACAAGUGCAAGUUUAUUGUCGCGUUCUUUGAUAACAGAAGCUCCCCGCUCCAAGAACCGCUCGGUUUUUACCCUGAUUGUGGGCCUUGUGGUGGGGUACUGCCUGGCGCAGCUCUUCUCGAGCAUUUCGCCCCAUGAGAGUCUCUAUCCGUACCUCAGCCGGCGGAUGAGCCUGAUCGGGAAUCCCCAGGCAACGAACCAGGUUCAAGUGGCGCCGGCGGGCGAUCCCUUCCGGCACGAUCACUCCAACGACAACACCACCGUGGCCGAGCAGCUGAAGAGGGAGGUGCGCAUCCUCUGCUGGGUGAUGACCAACCCCACCAACCACAAGAAGAAGGCGCGCCACGUGAAGCGGACGUGGGGCAAGCGCUGCAACAUCCUGCUCUUCAUGAGCUCCGGCGAGGACGAGGAGUUGCCCACGGUGCGGCUGAAUGUGGGCGAGGGCCGGGAGAACCUGUGGGCCAAGGUGAAGGCGGCGUUCACGUACGUCUACCACCACCACUACAACGACGCGGACUUCUUCUACAAGGCGGACGACGACACCUACGCGGUGAUCGAGAACAUGCGCUACAUGCUCUACCCCUACAGUCCCGAGACCCCCGUCCACUUCGGCUUCAAGUUCAAGCCCUUCGUCAAGCAGGGCUACAUGUCCGGCGGGGCAGGCUACGUCCUCAGUCGGGAGGCCCUGCGCCGGUUCGUGGUCGAGGGCAUUCCGAACCCCAAGAUGUGCCUGCCCGGCACGGUGGUCAACGAGGACAUCGAGAUCGGGCGCUGCAUGGAGAACCUGAACGUGACGGCCGGAGAUUCUAGGGACGGAUCGGGACGGGGUCGCAUGUUCCCCUUCGUCCCGGAGCACCACCUAAUCCCUGCCAAGUGGGACAAGAACUAUUGGUACUGGAACUACCUGUACUACAAAACGGAUGAUGGUCUCGAUUGCUGCUCUGACUUGGCCAUCUCCUUCCACUACGUGGCACCGAAUCUGAUGUACGUGCUGGACUACCUCAUCUACCACCUGAAGCCCUAUGGCCUCACGCGAUCCCUGGAACCUCUGCCGGCCAAACUUAAGGUGGGAGAGCUGCUCCCUGCUCCCAUCGAACGUCCGGCGGCCAGUAACGAGGACUCGGUGGACGACUACGACAGGAUAUACACGACCACGACGGAGAAGCCGAAGGAACCCGAUGCCCGGGAAAUGGACUCCAAGGAGGUGGAGAAAGAGGAGACCAAGUACAGGGAGAAACUAUCGAAGGAGGCCAAGGACGAGGAGUCGGAGUACACCGAAGAGGAGACGGACAAGCCGUCCAAGUCCAAGGAGACCUCAAAGGGAAACUAACAUGGCCAACAAACUAGUACAAAUGAUGUGUGAAGACUUUUCUCGACGGAAAAUCUGUCUAAUAAAAAGUUUUACAACUAUCUUUAA